AUGUUCGCUAAUAAACUGAGUACAUCUACAUUUGGUGGAGGGCUCUUUGGUCAAUCGCAACCGCAACAACAGCAACAGCAGCCUCAACAACAGCAACAGCAGCCGCAACAACAGCAAACGCAACCUCAAAUCUCCAUUGGAUCAACAACCCAAACUACAAUCAAUCCACCAGCUUCAUUAAACACGACCAAGGUUGACAUUACUGCAUCAUUAGACAAUUCCAGUAGUGACAAAAUCUUGAAGGAUCUUUUAGAAUCUGCUAGUAACUUACCCAAAUCUCAAAUCAAUUACAACAACCUUGGAUCGAUACGUUUAACUUUGGAUGAAUUGGAACGUAAAUCACAACAGCUAAGAAAAGAAGCGGAAGUUGGUGGCAACAAUACUAAAGCACAUUAUCUUUUAGCAGGUGGAGGUGUUGCCACUGGUGAUAUUGAAGAGGAAUUGAACAAGAUUCAAUUACCUAAAUCUACUUCAUUCUACCAGCCAGCAAGUGCUGAAACUGUUGAAAAUCACCUCAAAAAGAGAAAAGAAGAAAGUAUUCUCAACACGAUUGAACAAUCAUUUGUUGCAGCUUCAAAUGAUUUCGACAACUACAUCAAUGCAAAUAUAUCAAUCGACUGGAAGGCAAGAAGAGAAGAAUUGAGAAAGACAAUGGGUAUAAAAGACAGCGCCAAGUUUAAAGAAGAAGCAGCAAAACUAUCAGUUGUAUGGAAAACCAAUUCAGCUGCUGCUAAUAUAUUCACUCCUUUAAAAGCCACCAAUGCCACCUCUUUGAGACAAAUAUCGCGUGAAAAGUUUGAAAAUUAUGCCAAUGUUGUUUAUGCCUUGAAUGAAUCGCGUUUAGUUGAUGAACCGUUCUCAUUGUGUUUGAAUUUCUACGAAUUGAAUAAAUUACAGGAUGAUUCAAAAUCAAAACAAGUUGCUGAAGCUUGGAAAAUUUUGCAAAAUCUUACCCUGGAGAAAUUUGCAAAAACAAGCCAAGAAAAGAAAUUUUCAAAUUACUCUGUGCCUGAUUUGCAAAAUGAAAUACUGUUGAAAAGUAAACAAUUCUUAGAAGGUCAAUUUUUGAAUUAUAUUGAACACAUUUAUGUGAAACAUGAAAAGCCACAAAAUUUCCUUCCAGGAACUAACAUCAACAAAGUAUCUUUUUUUAUCCAUCAAGUUAUUCUCAAAAAUGAACCUGACUUGGCAAACAAGACAUUGCUCGUAAAUGGAACGCCAAUUUGGGCAUUAAUAUACUACUUGAUUCGUGCUGGUCUUUACGCUGAUGCAAAUGAUAUUAUUACUCGAAAUGGAGAACUUUUCAAUAAGUUUGAUAGAAACUUCCCAGUGUACAUGAAGUCAUUUGUGAAUGAGGGUAGAUUACCAUCAAAUUUGAGUGAAAGAAUUCAUCAAGAAUUCAGUCAACAAUUUCAAUAUGUUUUGAAUGAUAUUGAUACUAGUGUCAAUUUUGAUCCAUACAAGUACUCAGUCUACAAAAUCAUUGGUAAAUGUGACUUGAGCAAUCCAUCUCUCCCGCAAGCAGUUAAUCUAAGUGUUGAAGAUUGGUUAUGGUUCCACUUGUCUAUUAUAAAUGAAAGUGAGUCGUCAAUAUUUGAAAACUAUUCAUUGGCUAAUCUUCAAAGUAAGGUACUUCUGUUGGGUGCAAAGUACUUUACAUCAUCCAACAACCCUUUGUAUUUAAAGACGUUAAUUCUAACUGGUUUGUACGAAUUAGCUGUACAAUAUUGUUAUGAUUUCAUCAAUGAGGCAGAUGCUGUGCAUUUGGCCAUUGGUUUAGCUUAUUAUGGAGUUCUCCACGUUUACAACUCAAACAAAAAUGAAGUCAUUACUGUAACCAACAAUAAAUAUGAGAUCAACUUUGGUAGAAUCGUUGGCUCUUAUACGACCACGUUCAAAAUAAGUGAUCCCAAAGUUGCUUGCGAGUAUCUAGUGAUGAUUGCCUUGGUUGAUGAGCUACUUUCACAUGAUGCAUUAAAAGAGCUAUUGCUUGUAACAAGGGAAUUUGGAGCACUCAUUGGAGAAUUAUACCCUGAAACUGGUUUCAUAGAGCCUGGUGUUUUGGAAACUCAACGCAAAUUGAUUGGGUUAGAAGAUUUAACUGCAUUUCAACAUGAGAUCGUUAAAGCUACUGCUAUCAAAUGUGAAGACGAAGGAAGAGUGUUUGAUGCGCUUUUGCUCUAUCAACUCGCUCGUGACUAUGAAGCAACUGUGGUGCUUGUGAAUAAUAAAUUGGCUGAUAUCAUUGCAACUAGUGAGUUGGACAAGUCCAUUUUGAGUGGUGAUACCAUUGAUAACAAUUUGGUUUUACUAUCAGAACAUAUUUGGUGUAACAUUUCCAAAAAUAGCUACAUAAGCAAGGUUUCCCCUCAAGUCAAGCAAACUUGUGAUUUGCUAAUUUCAAUAACCAAAAUACGUGAUUUGUUUGUAAAGAGACAAUGGCGUGAGGUCAUAUCCAAAGUCAACAGACUUGAUUUGAUUCCAGCAGAUGCGCAGGAUGAUUUACUCAAAGUACGAAGCUAUAGUGACUUGAUAACUAACAACAAGUUGGAUGAAAACUUGAUCAAAGUGUUACCAUCUUUACUUGUGUUGGUGAUGACUAGUAUUUCCAAUUUGAAUUAUGGCAUACUUGCAAGAAAGUUUCAACCAUUGAGUAAUGAACGUGAAGAAUUGAACCAUUGGAAAAAGAUUGCCAGAAACUGUGUGGUUUAUGCCGGUAUGGUGCAAUACAAGAUGCCUAGAGAGGUGUAUAGUUUACUAAUUUCCUUAGAGUCGCUGUUAUAG